CCGCCUGCCUUCACGGCCUCCCCGAUCUAUAAAAAAACCCCACCAUCACCGUGACUACCCCUUUCACCUAACCCUACCACAUCGCCGCCGCCGCCGCCGCCUCCUCCCCCUCCACUCCUCCCGAUUCCGAUCUGCGUCAAGCGUGAGGCGAGAUGUCUGCGGCGAUCCGCUCGGUCUCACGCCGGCUGGCCACAGCCGGAGCCGUCCACGGUGCGCAGGGUGGUACCCUUGCUGUCGCCGCCCCAGUUCGUCGCCCGGUGAUAACCCUCCCUGCCCGUGGCUAUUCUGCUUCGUCUGCAGGGAUUACUUCAAUUGCUAAGGAGACUGGCCAGAGGCUGUACAAAGCUGUUCUUCGGUCCACCCCGUUCAUGGCAUCAGUCACCACCUAUGCAACUGUGGUUUCGGCAGUUGGAUACUGGGUCAUUGAGACUGUUGAGGGUGGAGUGAAUAAGAAGCUUGUUGAGCAGAAUAACACUCUCGCCGUGAAGCUUGAAGCGGAGAAGGUGAAGCGUGAGGGCUUUCAGAGCAUAGCUACCCAUGCCCAUCAGGAGAGUGCCCGCAGGAUUGAUGAAUCAAUGUUUGAUGUACGUCUUCAGCUCAACAAACUGUUCCUCCGCUGGUUGGAGGGACAUGAGGUCAACUUGAAAAGAAUGAAGGACAUGGAGCAAAGGAUUGAUGCAUUGACAAGGGAGGUUGAUGCAUUGAAGAAAUCUCCUUCUGCAAAGGAUGAUGAUACGCCAAUCAAGAGGAGCUGAGACCAGACCUGACCGCGCCUGUGGGGGUAAGCACCCCAAGGCGACCUCUUCGCUUGUUGGGGUGAGAACCCGAAGGCGACCUCUCUUCCCUUUGGGGUGAGCACCCAAAGGCAACCUCUGCGAUCUCUCCGUCUGUUGGGGUGAGCACCCGAAGGCGACCUCUGCGAUCUCUCUGUCUGUUGGGGUGAGCACCCGAAGGCGACCUCUGCGAUCUCUCCGUCUGUUGGGGUGAGCACCCGAAGGCGACCUCUGCGAUCUCUCCGUCUGUUGGGGUGAGCACCCGAAGGCGACCUCUGCGAUCUCUCCGUCUGUUGGGGUGAGCACCCGAAGGCGACCUCUGCGAUCUCUCCGUCUGUUGGGGUGAGCACCCGAAGGCGACCUCUGCGAUCUCUCCGUCUGUUGGGGUGAGCACCCGAAGGCGACCUCUCCUUAAGAUACCCAAGCCUCAAUGACUUUACUUCAUGCUUGUGGGAGUGAUACUAAAUCCUCAUUACCAUCUUCAGACCUGUGUUAUGUUAAAGUUUAAGUCUAAAGACCUUGCAUCAUAUCUAUUCAUGAUUUUAGCCAUCAUGUUCUUGUAAGGAUUAUUGCUACCUGCUAUGGUAUUUGUUACUUAGUAGUAACUGAUGUUUCUGCAUA